AUGUGGUAUGAUAUAAUAGCAUUUGCCUGUAAUUCCAAGGAACAUGUUCCUGGGAAGAACGCUGGUGCUGGCCUGGUACAUGUGGUAGUCCCGAUACACACAACUACGCUAGGGACUGUGUCUGUGAUAGCACUAGCUUUAGGAGGUAUAUUUUCUACUUUUGUGAUAUUGUCUCUGCCGUUAACAGUGACUAGGUCUCCAGAAGCCCUAACAUGCCGAAUGAAAGUAAUCGACCAAAACAACGACGAACGAAUGUCACAUGUGGCACCAGGACAACCGAACCAUUGCUCCAAUCAGCAGGACUUUUACGGGAACAUACAGGUCCAAGAGGUGGUCACAGACACAAAAUUCGAUUUUCUAGUCGACGUAUCCCACCUUAACUCUAUGUCCUGCCCAGACGAUGCACAGACCUGUUACUGUCCUUCUGUAGGGCCAUGUUCCUAUUCUAAUUUCACCCUCCAACUGAACUCACUCGUCCAUAGUAACACUCAUAACGGAAAUCACAAUCGUCAGUACCACUUCACCAUUACAGCCACAAACGUAGCCCGACUUGUCUUUGUAGAACACUUGGAAAUCUUAGCUGACGACUCACCCCCAGCUCCCGGAGUAGUGAUGGAAGGGGCGGUAGGAACACCGGAUAUAGACUACACUAGUGAAAAGGCGAUAAUCGUUAACUGGGCUGGAUUCUUUGACCACGAAAGUGGUAUAAAGUUAUAUAAAGUCGGAUUGGCUAAAGGGUGUUUGCAAAGUGAAGACUUUGUUAGUUCCAAUAACAAUGCCACAAGAAACAAUACUAUAUUAACUGACGAAACAACGCUAACGUCUGUCCGCCUUUCUCUCCCAGAGGAGGGCAAGUACUACACGACUGUGGUGGCUUAUAACAACGCUAUGGAACCGUCACAACCUGUCUGCUCGGAUGGUAUCCUUCUCGACAGAACAGCCCCAAUAGUGGAGAAUCUAACGUUACAAAGUGCGACUAUGAAAGAAACUAUUUUAUGUUCUGAUGGAAGCGCUUGGUUGAUAACAUCAAACUUAUCAAAACACGAAAUGAGCGGAGCGGAGUGCAGUAAACAGUGUAUGAAUUCCACGACGAAUGACUUUGUUUCCCUUUUGCCUAUGAACAUCUCAUUUAUCAAACAUACUUCUCGGGCAUGUGAAAUCAGCUCUACAAAUGGUAUUAUCUAUCUUCCAAUCGAUUUGAUUAACAUUAAAUGGGAUGUAAUCGAAGAUGAUAGCCAAAUUCACGAGGCUUUCGUCGGGAUAGGUUCGGCAAAGGACAGUGUGGAAUCUCCGGACCUGAUUGAUUACCAUACAAGUCAUCAUAAAUAUUUCUACAAGAAAAGACAUACUGGUCUAAGUAAUGGAGAUGAGUUCUACGUCUUCGUCAGAGUUACCAACAGUGCUGGUCUACAAACGACGGCCGUGCUUGGCUCCAUUAUACUUGACGAGUCCCCGCCCAUUUGUCCGUCUAAUCUGCUUUCUAGUUUUCAUGACAACAAUAUGUUCAUCCACUGGAAUAGGAAUGAGUUCAGUGACAAUGAACAGCAGGAGACCAUAUCGUCUUUUUUCUACCAAAUAGGUCGCCAUGGGAGUCUAGUUUCAGGAUUUAAAGCCCUUCUCGUAACUGGAUGUGGAGAGAAUAUGUGUUUCAAGCUUGACCUCUCGGAUGUACAAGAGUACGACAUACAGGGGGAAUUCGAAUUUUAUAUUCAAGUGUAUGCCUUUAACAACGCCGGCUACUAUUGUACUGUGAAUACUGAACCUUUCUACCUUCCAUCAAUUUUGCCACCUGGUCAUGGACUCGUUUAUGACGUCACAUCUGAUGAACAAUCACACCAUAGAGACUACAAUGACGUCGAUGUAAUGUUAGCAUCAACUCAAUUAUGCGUUGCUUGGGAAGGAUUUGAACACUAUGACACUGUGAGCUAUGAAUUCGGAGUAGGGAUAACUCCUGGAGCUGAUGACGUGGUUCUAUUUCACCAAAUAGGUGAUACUCGCGUUCAUUGUGAAGCAGAUACUAAUCUCACACAGUAUACGCGGUAUUUUACGGCAAUUCGGGCCUCAUCAACAGGAGGAAAACGAGUCGGUAUAUCGGACGGCUUCACUUUGGUCAACGGUUCCGAUAUUGAAUCGUCUAUUCUCCAGGUAUAUGAUGGACAAGGAUGUUCUGGACGGACAAAAUCCCUUUACACAACCGUCUUCAUAAAAGAGGAACUUGAUAUUAUUCCUGGUGGUAUACAGUUCCAUGUCGGUCAUGAAUACACUUUCAUUGCGAACGCUAGUGUCUCUGUAUUCAGCAAGGAAGCACGUGUUUACAAUCAAAGACAGAUAAAGCAUCUUUAUUACGUAUCUUUUGUACCAAUGGUACGAUUUCCUCGUUUCAAUAUGUCUUCAAACAAUUAUACAAGUUCUUUUGUUAGUGUUCAUGUUGCUGACUGCGUCGUUGAUUAUGAUGUCAUGUUUGUAUCUCGACGUGUUUCUGCUUACUGGAAUGAUGAUGAUGAUUUCCGGCAAUAUGUAACGCAUUAUGAAGUUGAACUUCAAGCCUUAUCACCUGACUACACCAAAACAUCUGAUCAGAUGACCAUCGCAUACGGAAAAUCUACUAGUAAUGCCGCUACAUACAGUUUUGACGACAUUUUCUUAGGGCUUGGUCGAUACGUUGUUUCCGUAAGACCUUGUAUCGGGGAGAACUGCUUUAAAUGGACCAGUUCUAACGGUUUUGUAGUCACAGAUUCAACAUCUAAUGCGUUCAGUAUAAAAACAUACUUGGACAAAACUGAAAGCACGUGCUCAGAUGUACAAGUCACAAUAUCAGACGUCGAAUGCCCAUCUGGGAUAUAUGACGAGAAUGACUCCAUUGUGCGAUGGGGCGUAUUCCUGGAUAGUAUGGCCACAAAACAAGUUACAAAAUGGCGUGCUUAUCAACUAUCUGAAAACAUAAUUUCACAGUGUAUUGAAAUCCCGGUCUAUCCGCAUCAGAAGCUAUUUACCUGUGUAGAGGUAUACUGUCCAGUGGGACCAUCAGGCGUACAAUGUGUCCCACUUAUGGUGACAGAGGAUCCGAAUAUCUUCGAUAAAACCAUUUUGUACGAGGUUGACUCUGAUUCGGAUGUUGUUAACGAUAUAAAAGACUCCAUCCACGCCUCGAAUAUCGGAUAUAAGCUCACAUGGUUACAUAAGGCCGAACUGGACUUCACUCCUAAACAUAUCAGAGUCGGUGGGAUCAUAAUUGGAGUGGAGGAAAGGCAGGUCACGUGGUAUCUCCUAAAGGAUACCAAACGUCAACCACUAUCAUGUGACAAUAACCCUAUGUGUGUAGCAGUCGUGGAAACACUUGGAGGAUAUUGUGCCUUUCAGGGGAUACUUCUGGAAAACGAAAUAUUAUAUUACGUCUGUGCCGAGAUAGCUACCUAUACAACUAGGAAUGGCCAAGUUAUCCCGUCAUUUCAGACUUGUGGUGACGGGUUUGUUAUUGACGAAAAUUCCCCUGCUACAGGUUAUGUCUCCAUUACAUCACAGAACGGGUACAUCACAGACAACAGACAUCUGCUGGUUCACUGGAAUGGGUUUCACGAUUAUCAUGGAUACGAAAAACUGGGAUAUCCGGAUAGUAUAUCUAAAUAUGAAUAUUCCAUAGGGAGCAAUCCAUUCGGACAAGACGUCGUGGCUAAGACAACAAUUGGACUUUCAAAUUCUGUGAAAAUCAACAAUCCAUAUCUCCAUUCAGGUUCAUCUUAUUACGCCACCAUUACUGCAUAUGAUCAUGUGGGUCAUUCAAGCACAGUCGUUUCCCCUGGCGUGAUGUAUGAUAAUACACCACCUGUGAGAGGAACGUUACAUGUUGGGACCUAUCUGAUGUCACACGACACCAUCGGGUCAAAGCUCAACAUCCACUGGACAGGUUUCCGUGACAACGAGAGUGGUAUUGGCAGGAUACAGUUAGGGAUUGGGUCGACCCAAUCGAAUCCAGACAUCAUAUACCUCCGUGAUUUCCUCGGCGAGUUUGCAACGUUUACCGACCUUUCUGAACUACAUGAUGGACACAAAUAUUUUAUCAUCAUACUGGUGACGAACAAAGCAGAACUAACAGUGUCAUCGUCAGAAGCAUUUGUUUUCGAUCGGUCACCUCCAACUAAGGGAACAGUCCGAGAUGGCGCUAAGGUCCUAACGCCGGACCUUGAUUUUCAAGCGAAUACGACACACACUGGAUGUCAUUGGUCGGGAUUCAGCGAUCCCCAUUCCGGAGUGUUGUACUAUACAGCAGGACUGGGCACACAGCCUUCAGAGGAUGACGUCAGGAUUAUGACUUCUACUGGAAUCCACACAGCAAUCACAUGGCAGUAUAUCCUUGUCCCGGGAGUAAAAUAUUUCUGCACCGUUAAAGCGUGUAACGGAGCUGGAUUAUGUACGUCUGUGUCAUCCAAUGGCUUCACUGUAGACAACUCACCACCAAUCCCAGGGAUCGUUCACGUAGGAGUUGAUGGACACCACUCAAGAUUCUGGGCACAUCCGGAUACCAUUCAAGCCCAGUGGUUUGGUUUUUCCGAUGUUGAAUCAGGAAUACGGAGUUACAAUGUGUGCAUACGACGCAUUGUAAGUGAAACAUGCGAUGUUUUACCAUUCACAAAUUUCCUGCUGGCCGACUACAUGACCAUCUCGAUCUCACUUCCCCUCAAUGAGGCAUUAUGUGUGGUAGUCAUGGCCGAAAACCACCUUGGGAUGUCUGCGGAUAGCGUCUCCGACAGCUUCGUCGUUGAUGCAAGUUCACCGGUAGUAGUCAAUACUCCGGUUAUGGAUUCUGAAGAAGGGUACACGUCGGCAAACUAUUUGUACCAGUUCGAUCCAUCUAUUAUCAAACUUUCAUGGAAGUUUAAGGAUUCCGAGAGCCCGAUUAUUAAACACAUCGUUUCAGUGACGACUCACCACGAGGGGCACACACCGGUUGAAAACAUUCACUUGACAAAUGUCAAUGAACUGCGCAUGUCACUUUUAAACAAAGACUGGCUAAAAGCUGGAGACACGUACAUCGCUAAAGUGACAGCUUGUAAUGAAGCAGGACUUUGUACCUCCGCGACUUCAAACAACAUCCUAAUAGACCCAACUCCUCCUCAUCUUGGUGGAAUAACUGAACCUAUGACCUGGUACUCAGUUACCGCAUUAGGUAAAACCGUGUCAGCUAUGAACAUCACAUUAUCUGGAUUCAGAGAUGUUGAAUCAGGUAUCAAACUGUACCACGUUAAAGUAGGCAAGACGUAUAGUGGAUCUGAAUUAAGUGACGGUGUUCAAUCAUUUGCACAAUCUAACUCUGUGAAAGACGUGGACACCAUCCAGGUCGUGUUAAAUGACAACAUCAUUCCUGGGCAGUUACUGAUUAUCACAGUCUGGGCUGAGAAUCAUGCAGGGCUGACAAGUGCCGUUGGCAAAGUGACGGUGACCGUUGUCUCCUCAAACCACAUUGACAUGCAUGGCGAACUGUUCAUUUUAAGGCAUUCCUGUGAUAUACACUAUUGUAACAAAGAUUGCACGUGCGCAGUGGUAGGACAAAAAUGUCACAAUAUCGACGUGGCCGCUGAAUGUCUGAACAAUAAUCUAACAAACUCCAUCUCCUUAAAUAUCGAUAUUGAUCAUGGCUCCAGGGAUAUAUAUACACCGAUAUCGGUGUCCUCAUCGUGUAUAUCUGCUCGCUGGACAGCUUAUGGGUCUGAUGUAGACAACAUCACACGAUAUGAAUGGAGUAUUGGACAGGCUAACAUGCCUGUUGGGACUGGAAUAUUUGACCCCUUACACGAAAAUCUUUGGCAUGACGUAGAGCAUCAGAUAUCAAUUGUUCAUUGUUUGAGGGGAGAACGCUAUCUUAAGCAUGACACCAGUUAUUUGGUCUACCUCAGAGCUUGGAUAUCUGAGUCGGUAUUUAUAGAGUUUAUGUCAUCCCCAGUACAUAUCGAUAAUACCCCUCCAUCUAUUCGGAUGGGACGUUUUAUCCGAGAAAAUGACGGAAGGUCUUGUGAGCACGACCUCGACUUCACUACGACACUGGAUACAUUGACCGCGUGCUGGGGGAAUGUGUUUACAGACCCUCAGAGUGGAAUAUACGCCUACCUUGUAUCCCUGGGAACAACUCCAGGAGCGGAUGACGUUUUAAUGACUGUUGAUGAAGGUUUAAACACUUCAAGGUCCUGGCGUGACUUGACCCUUUCCCCAGGAACAACAUAUUACAUUACCGUGACGGCUAUAAAUUAUGUUGGACUCCAAACAACGCUUGUCUCGGAUGGGAUGUUGGUCGAUCAAGAAAGGCCAUACACAGGUGUCGUGUUCAAUACAGCCAAUUUCCAUAACUCUCAUACCCAGAAUUCGCAAGACGUUGGAGUAUCGUUCCGGGGUUUCGCCGACCGACAUUCAGCCAUUGAAACGUUCUUCGUGGCGUUUGACAAGUCAGCUAACGCUAGUACUGGACCGUUAGAGUUCGAAAGGAUUGGUUUACGGAAUACAUUCACGCUUGAUAAUAACAAUCUCACAGAUGGGCAGUGGAACAGAUUUGCUGUUAAAGCGUUAGACACCGCAGGGUUUGAAAGUGAAAUAAUCUUUUCUCCUCCAUUCAUAUACGAUUCUUCUCCCCCGACUGGAUUUAGAACCCAUGAAUUUGCUAAUCUGUACAAUGAAACUUUAGCUACAGAAAACGGAACUUUAUUUUGGACGAAAAUGUUAGUCAAUCAUGCGAGUCAUACAUCUGUAUAUACGCUACACCUGAUUUUCGACGGCAUUGGAAACGAAAGUAGUGAUAUAGUCGAGGUUUCGUUUGAAAAUCAAACCCAUAUAUAUCCCAUCCGAGCUGAUAUAAAUGAUGUGUAUGAUGUUCAGACAUCAUUUGUAAGCUCGUCCCUCCUUAAUGAUAGUAGUAUUACUAUUCAGAUGGAAAAUGUAAAGACGGAUCUCAAAAUCCGAGUUCUGUUAGAGGUCAGUGAGGUCCGUACACAUUCAAAUAACACAGACAGUUUUGUAAUUGUUCGACAGAUUUCGCCAUCAGAGCUUAAUGUUAGUAUAAAUGUUCUGGAUGACGAAAGUGGAAUCAAAAACAUUUAUGUCGGUGCCGGGUCUACCCGUGGCGGGUUCCAGAACCAUCCACUCGUCUCUGUGCUUUCAUUGUCAAAUAUUAUACUCUUCACAGAGGCACUUCACGGACAGGCGGUACAUAUAACGGCGAUCUCAGAGAACCACUCUGGAGAUCGGAGUCACUUUUACGCCAGCCCUAUUAUGAUGGAUCACACACCGCCAAUUAUAUCAAACGCUGUGAUGACUAUGACCUACGACAAUUCUGAAGAGACUUCAAUGACCAUGAUCAUUGUUACGUGGGAAGUGAAUGAUUUUGAAAGCUCUUCUACACAAUGUUCCUGUAUAAUAGGCGAAAAUGCGAACAACACAGUCCUUGAUGAAAUUGAGAUGGAACCCUUGCGCCAACAUUUUCAGACAAAACCUCUUCCUUUGAUACAUGGGAUUGCGAUAUCGGCGGUCAUUACUUGUUUGAAUGAUGCUAACCUUGAACAAGUUGCAUCUGUUGGACCUGAAGUCAUUGCAUAUCUCCCACCAGAUGUGGAAAACGCUAAAGUAUUAAUCGAUACAGCAAUCGAGACUUUAGAUGGAGUGCCAGUUGUCCGUCGAAGUGCAUCUUUAAUGUUUUCCUGGGAAGGUAUCGACGACUCUUUUGGAAUCAAGGGUUAUUCAUAUCGUAUCCUAAAUGGUGGUCAGGUUGCCAAGGACUGGGAGGACACGGAGAUGCGAACUUACGUAUCGGUAGAGGACAUCAGUCUCACAGACAACCGUCUAUACACCGUGGAGGUAACGGCAUUUAACAACAACGGGAUAUAUAGCCAAGCAAUCAACGCCUCUGUUUUUGUCAGCGGAGAGGCCCCAUCUCUAACAGGCCACUAUCCCAAAGCGACCAAAAAUGGAAAUGUUUUGGAAAUUGUUUGGAGUGAUGUGUUUGCCGUAAGACCAGACUUCCUGCCGACAUUCGUCGUAACGUUAGGUUCAAAUCUUGGACUUGCCGACAUCUUACGACGAGUGGAGACGACAGAGGAGCGACACGUGUUUCAGAAUAUCUACGACGGAAGUGACGUAUUUGCAAUCAUAACAUGUACAUAUCAGACGGGAGAGUCGUCUGUAUUUCGUAGAAAGUUGUCUUUAUCAUAAAUACAUAUCUGAUUAAAUGUAUUCAAACCCGAUAUCUCUAAUAUUUCCUUUGAAGAGGUUUCUAAAUUUAUUUGUGCUUGCAAAUGUGUAAAAUGUUUAUUAAAUUAUAUGUCAUUUAAAUUAUAUUGAACUGUAAGUCCGUUCUUGUUUAAACUUUUCGGAUGUUUAUGCAUAACUAAAGCAGAUUACCGACUUAAUUCAAAGCAUAAUACAAUAUUAAAUGAAUUUUGAUGUUUGUUUUUAAUAAUCAAACUUAUCCCUUUUUUUCCUAAUAUAAAAAUAAACAGGAAGUAUCCAUCAUCUUCCAUUUCAUUGUUUUGCGUAUAUGAAGUCGUUUCAUGUCAGUAAACGGGAAAUAUAUUGGUUCGAUAAUUUGAAUGUAUUGUUU